GCAAUGCUGCGUGACUGGUGCAGGUGGAUGGGCGUGAAUGAGCAGCGUUCGCUGCUCGUCCUGGGCAUUCCCGACGACUGUGAGGACCGGGAGUUCCAGGAGGCCGUGCAGGCUGCCCUACGGCCCCUGGGCUCAUACCGAGUGCUGGGCAAGGUUUUCAGAAAGGAACUCGGAUUCAAGAUCGCUUUGGUGGAGUUUGCUCAGUAUUUAAACCGAAGUUUGAUCCCCCAACAAAUACCAGGCAAGGGAGGACCCUGGACUGUGGUCUUCCCACCCCAGGUCCCAGAAUCAGAGUCCCAGGAUAGACCCAAUUUCCCUGCACAGGCCCAGGGGCAGGCAGGGGUUGGCCAGGCAGGUGAGGCCGGAGCUGGAGGAGAGGCAGGAGCCGGGGGCGAGGCAGGGGCUGCAGGCGAGGCAGGAGCUGGAAGUGAGGCAGGGGCUGCAGGUGAGGCAGGAGCUGGAGGCGAGGCAGGGGCUGCAGGUGAGGCAGGAGCUCCAGGCCAGGCAGAGACUGGAAGUGAAGCCGGUGAGUCAGAGGAGGAGGGAGCCUCAGGUGACGCAGGAAUUGCGGGGGUGGCAGGAUCCGUGAGUAUGGCAGGAGCUGCAGGUGAAGCAGGACCUCCCGGGGCUGAAGGAGCUGUGGGUGGGGCAGGGGCCAGCGGUGGCGCAGGAUCCUGGCUCAUGCAGUGGGGCCAGGCCUGGCGGCCUCUGCGGGAAAUUAUGGCCUCUGGGGGGCUGAGAAGCUUCUCUGGGGCCGAAGGGCCAGGCGGAGAGGAAGAGUCCUUUGAGCGCUGGCUGGAUCACACCAGCGACAUGCUGCGCCUGUGGAGCUACAUGUCUGAAGCGGAGAAGACGUGGCGGCUGGUGCAGAGCUUGGGAGGCCCCGCACUGGAUCUCGUGCGCGGCCUCCUGGCAGAAAAUCCCGACACGCCUGCGCAGGACUGCCUGGCCGCACUGGUGCAGGUGUUUGGGGACCAGGACACGCGCGUGGCCUCGCGGCUGAUGUUCCUGACCUGUGCCCAGCGGCCCCAGGAGUCCCUCUUUGCCUAUGUGAUGCGCCUGGAAAGCCUGCUGCAGUCGGCCUUGCUGAAGGGGGCCUUCCAUCCCGCCACUGCAGACCAGUUGCGCACCCAGCAGGUGCUGACUCGGGCCCGCCCCAACGAGAGGCUCCAGAACGCGCUGAGGAGGCUGCAGCUGGACAGGAGACCGCCUGGCUUCAUGGGGCUGCUGCGGCUCAUUCAGGAGGCCGAGGCAUGGGAGGCCGCCUCAGCUAGGAGCGAGCGGUUCCGAGUGGAAGAGGGGGCCCGUGUGGGCACUGGCGGUCUGGCCGCUUCCUGGGUGGCCCUGGCCAGGAAAGCUGCUUCCCAGGCUGCCCUGGCCAACCUGGGGGCCAACGAGGCAGUUCCUGGCGCUGCUGCCGCUGCUGCCGCUGCUCCUGAAACCCAGCAUGCAGCCAGGGCAGCCCUUGCCCCUGAGGGGGCCCCCGAGCUCUUCCCUGCCACUCAGGAAGAUGAAAAUGCUCCCACCUCCGCGGGCCUAGGUCAGGCAAGGCCCUCAGAGGCGCCUGGGCAGUGCUGUGAGCCAGAGGGCCUUGCCCAGGCAGGAGACCGGGAGGCUGGGGAGCCCCUGGAAAACGGGCUCAAGCCCAUCCCAGAGGAGCCGGGAAACGAGGACGGGGCUGGGGAGAUGAGCCCCCCCAAGUCCUCCUCCAGCAAGUAGGCUCAGAGGGCCCAGGGGCCCCCUCCCCUCCCAGGCCGCAGAGCUCUGGAGGCAGGGGGAGGCCA